AUGAGGAACCCAUCACAUCGUAAUAGGAGCCCUUGUCGGGUCGCGGUAACUGGUUCCGACGCUCACCUGAGAAUAGCUGAGGCUGCAGAGCGAGUUCGUCCAAGGCGGAGCUUUCCCUGUUCCUCGUCAACCCCAGAGCGAGAAUAAGGUCGACUCUCCUCCUGCUCCUCCUCCUCCGCCCCAACCUUCAGAGGUCCUCAGCUGGAUAUAAAUGAGGACGAAGCAUGGACGCGGUAAGCUCUUCAAGCGUGGAGGCAGAAGAAAGUGCCGGGAAAUCAACGGGCUGGAGACAGUGGGGGAGGCGGUUGGAACCUGGGAGAACUUAUGGGGAAAACUUAAUGGUGGCCAGUAAUAUAAUCACGGAAAAAAGUAAACGGGUGGUUGAGUGACGAAGAGACUAACAAAUGUCAACGCCGGAGGAGGAAUAAGAAAGGACGGAACUAGCAGAACCCAGAAGCUAACCAGGUGCUUCAAUGAUCGAGAAACGCAUGGCCCCUUUCACCGACGUGACACAGCCUCUCGGUUGGGAUGAAGAGGACGGAGACAUGGUCAUCGUGGAAACAUGAAAAUCUGCUCCGGCAGAAGACGGAGGACAGCGAAAAUGACCGCGGAACGUAAGGCGAAACGCCCGGUAUCCGUAGGCACCACCUGCCCUGUACUCGUAUUCAUGGACCAGUUGCGACGGGAGACUUUCUGGCCGGAGGAGGCGUCCACCACCGGUCGCCUUCUCCUCUUCUCCCCGGCGACCUAGCUUCCGAUCUCCUACGCCUAGACGGCUCGACGCGACGACUUCAUGCCUGAGUGGGGGGCCCGCUGCCGCCGACAACGAGCCCUUGCUUCUCGUUGUCGGCGGGCCAGUCUAGAUGACGACGGCAAACUGUUUGCUGUAAUGUGAAGAGGAUAAGGGAUUGCAUCUCCUCUUCGUGCCAAGUCAACGCGCAGCGUUGCCCCCGAGAGUAGCAUCCUCCCGACCGCGUUGCCCGCAUUGACCUUGACCUGGUAACUAUGAUUGGGUUACUAUGAUUUUUUCUUUCUGAUUUCGAGGAAUUCGAUCUGGUUGCUGAGUUACUAUCCGAUUCUCCGUGUCUCAGGUGAGCGACGCUCUCGCACAAGCCGGGCUCGAAUCUUCGAACAUGAUUCUGGGAGUCGACUUCACGAAGAGCAAUGAGUGGACAGGUUCUCCUGGACACAUCCCUCUCUCUCUCUAUCUCUCUCUCUCCAGGAUGCCUGCUUGGUUGCCAAUUUGGGUAACUCAGCCAGCCCAUAUGACCAUCAUAAAAUUCCUACCUAAGAAUCUUCAUACCAUCACAAAUAUGAAGAAAUAACGGGGGGUGGAAUCCAUGAUUUGGUGCCAAAAGGGCUCGUAAGUACCUCGUGCUUUCUGGUUUUUUGUGGUUUUGAACGCAGAAUGGUUGAUGAUUUUAGUCCCUUCACUUGCUGGCAAUAGAAAUCUACAACGCUUUCAUCGAGUUUAUUCAUCGAAUUUUGGCUUUGAAGUAUCGGACAGCAUAAGCUACUCCUCCUCCUUUCAUGGCUCUGGGGAUUGCUUACUUACUAAUUGCAGCAGGUUUCUGACUAUCUGCAGGCAAGUUUUCCUUUGGCCGCCGCUGCUUGCACGACCUCAACCAUCCGCCAAACCCGUAUGAGCAGGCGAUAUCCAUCGUCAGGAGGACCCUUUCCUCCUUUGACGAGGACAACCGCAUCCCCUGCUUUGGUUUUGGCGACGGUUAGUUGGGUGACUGCUAUCCCUUUGAACCCAACUAUAGAUCCAAUCUCUCUCUCUCUCUCUCUCUCUCUCUCUCUCUCUCUCUCUCUCUCGCUCUAGAUCCCCUUCAGACUCAUCAGAGCUUCAAUGCCCACAUAUUCCCCGAUGGAAUUGAAUAACGUCCUCUCCUCUACAAGGACCAUCGUAAUCUAUGAUAUCAAUGUGGGCCCCACUUGGCAAUUUUCAAUUCCAUAUGAGGAUAUGGAUGGAAUAAUUACGGUAGCCAAAGUCAUUGUAAUGACGUCAUGAAAUGAACUAGACAUUGGGCAGAGUAUUUUACUUAUUUAAUCCCUAAAAAUAUUGGUUGACAAUCAUAUCGUGUUUCAGGCACAUUAUUCUAAUAGGAAUACUGGAAUCAAAGUCUUAGCCUACCCAACUAUAAGUCUUAUCAGUUAUUGGAAUCACUUGAGACUCCACUUCUUCAAUCGAAUGAAAAUUAGAAUGGCAUGUAUUUUAUUUUUUUCUGUAUAUAUUAUUGAUUGAUUCCUUUUCUAUACAAAAUUUUGAAAUCUGUCCCUAAUGAGAGAGUUUUAUAUCCAUAAUAUCCAUUGAAACUAUCAUAAUCUAUGAUUUCACCAUGGGCCCAUUUUAGAAUCUUAAAUACCUUAACCAAGACCCGCUAAACUCUCAAGUGGUUGGUAUAAUGACAUCUCAUGGGUUUAUUCCUUUACAUCCAUGUCUUUAUUUAAUUGAACUUAGGAAAAAGUUUAUAUUUUUUGCUUUUUAUAUUAUUCCUCUGAAGAAUUCAAGUGAGUCUUCAAUAUGAGAGUUUUACUUGCAAAUUAAAUACCAUUAAAUGGAUAUAAGAUAGAACAACUAGGGCAUGAAAGUAAUUAUAAUGACAUCAUUUGUGGACUAACUAAUGAACAUGUUAUUUAAUUUUUUUAAUCUCUAAAAAUGUUAAUUGAUAGUGUGAUUUAACGCACAUUAUUCUAACAUGUUAUCUUAAUCUAAUUUGUCAAUAUUUAAGUAGAUUAAAAUGUAAAAUAUAAUUUAUAUUUUCUCCUUUUUUGUAUGGGAUGAAAUUUCAACUAAUUAAAUAAAGCCACAACAACCUUUAUCAUCAUCUCCCAAUAAAAUUAAAUAUAUUUCGUUUUGUUUGGAUCAUAUUUUCAAAGGCCCAAAUAAAAUUUCAUAUUAAUUAAAUAAUCAUCAUUAAAGACACUUUGGGGAAAUGACCAAUAAAGAGGACGGUUACAAAAUUAUCUUGACUUGUUCCAUUAGAUUCUAGGAAUUAUACUCGGAAGAAAAAGACCCUCAUUUCUUUUUUAAAAUUUGAAAAAAGAAAAAAAUCAAUGUAGAAGUUGAUGCCACAUUAGGCUAAGACAUGGAGAAAACCCUAGUUUGACCCUAGGGCGAAGUCCAAAAAAAGGACUUUCGAUAGACUCAUUAUCAAGCCUGUGAAGAGAGGGAUUGAAAAAGAGUGGUGUGAGAGGUUGUGUUUAUGUGUAUGUCUGUAAGAGAGAGAGAGAGAGAGAGAGAGAGAGAGAGAGAGAGAGAGAGAGAGAGAGAGAGAGAGAGAGAGAGAGAGAGAGAGAGAGAGAGAGAGAGAGAAAGAGAAAGAGAAAGAGAGAGAGAGAGGAAAAAACUGACUAGUGGCCACGAAUAUGAAGAGAAUUCAUGUCAAUGUUUGAAAAAUGACCAUACUCUCUCUCUAUCGGUCCGAGAUUGGCAAGAAAAGAGGGGGGAAAAGAGAGAGAAGAACGGGUAGAGAGACAAGAAAAAGCUGACUUGCGGUCAGGAAAUUGAAGAGAAUUCGUAUUCAAAGUUGAAAAAUAUCAGACACUCUCUGCCGAUCUGAGAUUAGCAAGAGAAGAGGGGAGAUAGAGAGAGAGAAGCGGGUUGAGAGACAAGAAAAAGCUGACCUGUGGCCACGAAUUUGACGAGAACUCUUGUUGGAGUCUGAAAAUCUGCCACAAACUCUAUCGGUCUGAGACUGGCAAGAAAAGAGGGGGGGGGAGAGAGAAAGAGAGAGAGAGAGUAGCGGGUAGAGAGACAAGGAAAAGCUGACUUGCGGUCACGAAAUUGAAGAGAAUUCGUGUUCAAGUAUGAAAAAUUGACACACUCUCUAUUGAUCUGAGAUAAAGUUAGCAACAGAAGAGUGGAGAGAGAGAGAGUAGCGGGUAGAGAGACAACAAAAAGCUGACUUGUGGCCACGAAAUUGAAGAGAAUUCGUAAGAGUUUCAAAUUAUCAAGCACUCUCUGUCUAUCGAUCUGACAUAGAUCUGGCAAGAGCGGAGAGAGAGAGAGAGAGAGAGGGUAGAGAGAGAAGAAAAAGAUAUGUGGCCACAAAAUUGAAGAGAAAUCGUAACACAGUAUGAAAAAUUAUCAUACUCUCUAUCAAUCUGAGAUCGAUGUAGCAAGAGAGAGAGAGAGAGAGAGAGAGAGAGAGAGAGGAGGGAGACAAGAAGAGCUGUGGGCUGAGAGGUCGGUCGAGUGAGCGAGCGAGAAAGAGCGAGAGAGAGAGAAAGAGAGAGAAGAGGGAAGGGGGAGAGAGAGAGAGAGAGAGAGAGAAGAGGGGAGCGAGAGAGAGAGAGAGAGAAGAGGGGAGCGAGAGAGAGAGAGAGAGAGAAGACGGGAGCGAGAGAGAGAGAAAGAGAGAGAAGAGGGAGGGAGAGAGAGAGAGAAAGAGAGAGAAGAGGGGAGCGAGAGAGAGAGAAAGAGAGAGAAGCGGGGAGGGAGAGAGAGAUAGAAAGAGAGAGAAGAGGGGAGGGAGAGAGAGAGAAAGAGAGAGAAGAGGGGAGGGAGAGAGAGAGAGAAAGAGAGAGAAGAGGGGAGCGAGAGAGAGAGAAAGAGAGAGAAAGAGAGAGAAGAGGGGAGCGAGAGAGAGAGAAAGAGAGAGAAGAGGGGAGCGAGAGAGAGAGAUAAAGAGAGAGAAGAGCGGAGCGAGAGAGAGAGAUAAAGAGAGAGAAGAGGGGAGCGAGAGAGAGAGAAAGAGAGAGAAGAGGGGAGCGAGAGAGAGAGAGAGAGAGAGGGAGAGUACUAUUCAUUCAUUGGCAUACUCCAAUCUCUGA